CAUCUGCUGCCCCCUGACCAGACUUGGCUCCCAAAUGACUUCAGGAGGACCACAGAGUUCUCCUCUAGGAACAUUCCCAGCACACGGACACACAGGACUGCUGGUGGAACUGAGGUGGAGCAAAGUUCUGACGUUCAGGUUCUGGUUUCCAUGAAACACACCUGAGGUUCCUCAUGUCCCCUGAACCUUCAGGAGUUAAGAUGGUCGAGGAGUUUGUCUGAAGGGCUUCUGUUCACUCGUCAGUGGUUCUCGGAGGUCGUAGAGUUGGUUUCCAAAAUGAGGAUUUCAACUGUUUGGGGGCUGGAAACGGAGAGGAGGAGGAUCCAGACAGACAAAUGCAAGUCAGGAGGGACUCUGCUGUGAACUCUCUCCUCCUCCUGAAGCUCUGACACUGAGAAAGUCUGACAGGAGGAAGAGGAGUCACAGACGGUCCAGAAGGAAUAAGAAAGGAGAAACCGGCUGAGGAGGAGAAACAGAGGAUGGGAGAUGUGAGGGACAUCGAGAGGGAUGCAAAAACGCAGUAAAAAAAAGGAGACAAAGAAGAGGAGGAGGAGGAGUUUGGAGGACGAGUAGGAUGCUGAGUAUCGUUCUUCCUCGCCCGUGCUCUCCGCUCUGCUCUCCAUGACCUGAGAGCCAACACUAGGGAAGGAACCCGACACCAGAGAAAGAGAGGAAGAGGAGGGCAGAAGGCCAGGGAAGGAAGAGAAGAAGAGAGAGAGAGACGCCUUUUUUGUUGUUGUUGUCAUUGUGUUUCCUUUCUGAGAUGGCGGCAACUGAGGCCAGUGCGGCGCCGGUGGUCCAGGAAGACGGGAAGGCUCCUGAAACCAAACCGGCGGAGGCAGAAGAACCGGCGGAAAGCACAAAUUCAGAGACGGUGGACAGCGAGGCGGCUGAGAAGGACGGCCCCGCCGUUAACAGUGACGCCGCUGAAAACAAAGAGACUGUGAGUAAUGACACCGCUGCGGCGCCAGGAGGCACCGAGGAGGGCGCCACGGCAGGUGAGGAGGCUGCUCCUCCCCAAAGCUCGGAAAGCACCGCCUCUGCUGAGCACAAGACCUCCUUUCUGGACUCCUUCCUGAACAAGAGCGGCCUGGGGAAGGUGAUGGGAGGGAGGAAGAAGAAGGAGCACGGCACGGCCGCGGGAGGCGGCGAGGAGAGCACAGCGGAAGGAGGGGACAAAGAGGGAGAAAAGGCAGGCGAGGAGGCCGCUGCAGCGGAGGGAGGAGCAGAAGGAGGUGAAGAAGGAGGAGAGGCAGAAAAGCCUGCAGAAAAUGGAGAGAAAGAAGAGGAGAAGAAGACGGAGAAGAGCAAACCCGCAGAAGCUAAGUCCUCCGUCCGAGACCUCAUCAGGAAGCCGGUGGCGAGGAUCUUCUCCCACCGCAGCACCGAGAAAAAGGACGGCGCCGCGGCCGCCACAGAACCCGAGAAGCAAGUCAAGGUUCGGUCCAGGUCCCUGGAUCGUCUAGAAGAUCCCGAAGCACUUAACACCACUGCAGACUCCAACCCGGAGGAGGGAGGAGCUGCUGCAGGAGCAGAGGAGGAGCAGAAGCUCUCAUCCGCCUCGGCCUCCACCAAGCACAUGAAGCGCUGGCACUCCUUCAAGAAGCUCAUGGCCCAGAAAGCCCACAAGAAGAGCAGCGGAGGAGAGGAGGGGAAGGAGGAGGGAGCAGAGGGAGAAGGAGGCGGCGGAGACUCCUCCACACUAGACUCCAAAGAGUCAGGCCACAAGAGGUGGAAGCUGAAGCGCUCCUGGACCUUCCAGGGUCUGAAGAGAGACUCCUCUGUGGUCGGCAUCAGCGGCAAAGCCAAAGGCUCCGAAAGAGAUGAGAAGGAGGAGGCUGCCGAGGAGGGAGAGGAGGCCAAAGCCGAGGGAGGGGCCGAGGAGGCAAAGACGGAGGGAGGAGAGGAGAAAGCAGAGGGAGGCGAGGAGGAGAAGGCGGCAGCAGCCGGAGGAGGAACCGUCACACAACAUGCCAACGAGAUCUGGACCUCCUUCAAAAAGAGAGUCAUCCCCAGGAGCAAGCGGGCCAACACAGAGUGCGCCCCCGGUGGAGAGGAGGACGCCACUGCAGCCGCCGCCUCAGGUGAGGACGCAGCUGCAGAGGACGGGAAAGAUGGAAAGUCGGCCAAGGCCAAGCGCUCACAUUUCGGCCGAGCGGUUUCCCUGAAGAACUUCAUCAUGCGGAAGGGCAAAUCCAGCAGCGUGGACCAGGGUGAGGGCGCCAAAGAGGGAGAGGAGGCUGCAGAAGGAGGCGAAGCAGCAGAGGAGGAAGGAGCCGCCGACGGCGAAGCCGAAGCUACUGCCGAAGCUACUGCCGAGGAGGCCAACGACAAAGACGCAGCUGAGAAAACGCCGCCAGCGGAGGUGAGCGACACCGAGGCGGCUAAAGAGCCAGAUGAGACGCCAGCCGAAGCUCCCGUGACCAACGGAGAAAACGGCUGCACCAACGGCACGGUGGAGGAGAACGCCACGCACAAUCACCAGGAGGAAGAGGAGAAGACGACGGAGAGCAGUCCCGUAAAGAAGAGCAAGGAGCUGGGAGGAGUCAAAGAGGAGGCCAACGCCAAGAUCAUCAACGACACAGCCGUGAACAGUGACAAAAAGGCGGGAAACGUGUGAGGCCACACAAAGAGGAUUAGAACUGCCCGGGAUUCGCUGAGCAAGGAGCUCUGAGCCCCGCCCCCAGCUCCUCCCCCCUCCCCCCUUCAUCCCCCCUCCUUCCUCCCGAUUGAGCGGAGUCAUGGCAUGUAAACAGAUCAGCACGGUGAGCGGCGGCGGCGGGAUGAGAGAUGCAAUUCACGUAGACCAGAGAAAAUCAUUCUUACUCAGAAAGCAAUAAUUCAAGCCCCGCCCCCCCACCAUCUCAUCCUCCCAUUGGCCCCCCUCCCUCUCCGUCCAUACAUAAACAUGUGUACAUCAAGUCCUUUGUUUUUCUCUGCUUGUCUGUGAGAUUUUAUAUUUGUCUACAAGAGAAAAGAAAAAUGUGAAGAAAAAAGAAAAAUCGAGACAUUCCAGCCCCCCCCACCCCACUUUCUCCCUCUGACAACUUAUUUCCCCCCCCCCCCAAACCUUCCAAUUCAUGACUUAAAAAGAAAAAGAAGAAAAAAAAGAAAAUUAGUUUUCUAUUGACCCCCCCUUUGGUUUGUAGACCCCCCCCCCCCAGCCCUGCUCUUUGCCCCCCCUGUUACCCGGUAGAUAUUUGCAGUGCAGCAGGACCGUGAUGCUCCAGUGUGUAAACUGCCCUGAGGACUGCCGCCUCCCGACCGGCUGCCGUGUCUUCAGCCGUGUGUGUUCCGUGUUUUUAGACUGUUGUGUCCGUGGAAGAAAACAAACGUCACACGUUCAAGGAGAACAUGGACUUUUGCUGUUUCUGUUUGCUUUGGAGGUUUUCUUUCUUCCUUUUUUUAAAUACAUCUAACUGUUACUGCAGUCUGACACUGUAAUUAAAUGAUGAUGAUGAUGAUGAUGAUGAUGAUGUUUUGUUGGUCCAGGUUUUCACAUGUCCACUAGCAAAUUGUCAAGACAAAAACAUAGUAAAAUAAAGACUAAAAUCUAACAACUAAA